UUUUUUUCCAACAAAGCAUCAAUUUGCCCCUCCCAAAACUGCAGACUGUGGGAUUGAAGGCUUGGAGAAGAAAGUUUUCGAGAUGAAGGUAAUAGUGGCUGCUCUGCUCGGAGCCCUGUUCUGCUCAGUGGCACUGGCUUCUCCAAAAGUUAAAGAAGAACACAGAACGGCCUUUUUUGGGGAGGACCUGUACAUAAACGUCCCACCAAAGGAGCUGGGCGAGGUGGUAUUCAAACCCAGGACAAACUACUCCAUAAACGUGGUUCUUCUUCAGGGGGGACAGGUGCUGACCCAACCCCAGCCUCAAGGCAACCUUAGUGGGCCUGAAGUCCGCCUCAUUUCCCCCGGACACAUCAUCCUGGAGAACCUGCAGGAGAAGGACGAGGGGCUGUACAUCAUCAAGAGCAACACUUCUUCUGUGGUUAAAAAACUCACUGUAUUCGUCAGAGAUUGUGCUAUGGAGCAGAUUGUAAAGUAUGGAGAUCACUAUGACAUCCAUGUCAGUCAUGUAGAAGGGCCUAUUGCUCUGGAGUUCACGCCUAGCGUGAGUCCUUCUAAUCAGACAGACAUAGUUCCCACAGAGCCCCCUCCCAUAUUGCUGUUUAAUCAGUCUGUUCUGCUGGAGGAGUACGAGGGCAGACUCACCGUGAGUGAUAAGAAGGUGACGCUGCGCUCCGUCCGCAUGUCCGACGAGGGGGGCUACAACAUCCUUGACAAAAACGGGAAAGUCAGAAGAAGGAACUGCCUCAAUGUCAGAGAGCACCAAAACUACAUGCACCUUACCUAUGGCUCUAACCUGAAGAUGAACCUUUACCUGCACCACUCCAACCUGAACGUGGUGUACCGGUCCAAAUCGGACCACCUGGACAGACCCAUCAUAGAGCAGGGAGCGGUGGUCUCUCCCCUGGACACGCAGCUGGAGGGCAGGCUGACCGUAGAGGGCGCUGUGAUCCACAUGAAGAAACUACUGGAGUCUGACACAGGGGUUUUCAAAAUGACCGACUUGGAGGGAAAUUCUGUGGCUCACGUUUACAUCGACGUUGAGCCCUAUAAGCUUCCAAAACUGACAGUAGCGAUCCUGUCCCUGCUCGCUCUGGUGGCCUUUAUGCUGCUUGUGUGUCUGCUGUCGUGUAUUUACAAAGUACACAAAAGAAAUGAGAAGAACAAGAAACUCCGGCUCCUCGCUCAGCAGUCCAAAGGCGAUGGAGAAGCCUUCAGACAGGUGGUGCAUGAGGCCUAUACACGCUUCACUGAGGAGUCCCUUAUGCAGUCCAUGUGUGACCAGCCCUCAGAGAGCACAGAGGUCACCAUCAAGGGUCUGGAGGUGUCUAAACCCGGCCGUUACCAGACUCUGCCUUCGGACAACAACCUGAUGGAGAUGAGUGAUUCUGGGGUUGAAUUCAACAGCUCCGGUCUCCCCCUGGACAGUGACACGGACGGGGGUCUAACCUAUGCCUCCCACAAGCCCCUCCUCAACGCAGUCUCCCCCACAGCCAUCAGCGAAGUCCCCAACAACAGCCCCGACCUCACUGCCCCGAACGGAGAGCUCAGUGCCACCCGAACGCCCGACUCUAUCCUGAGUGCCAGUCCAGCCUCCAACCCACGUUCUUUUGUGGCUGUGACACCGGACGGCAGCCAGCAGGGGGCAGCAUCUCCCGGAGCAGUGUCCAGAGGAACCACGGGAUCGGCAAAGACAGAGGGAGGUGGUGAGGUUGGAGAUGUGGUACAAAAUGAAGCGACCCAAAGCACCUGA